UUUUAUAAAGCCAGCCACCAGCCACUGUCCUCGUCCUCGUCCUCCUCCUCCUCUGCCGCCAUUUCCUCCCUGAUUUCUUGAACAAAAAGAGCAAGAAUUUCUGAAGAAAUUCAGGGAGAAAAACAAUGGCUUUAUCAAACACCUCAGCUUUAGCUUCAAAAUCACUUCUUCCCUCCUACAACCAACCCCAUCAGCCCAGUUUAGCUUUCCUCCUCCCAAGCUCCACCGCCAACAGCCUCCCGCAACCCAAAAUCCGCCACCCCAUUUCUGCCGUUCACGCGUCGGAGCCAGCUAAGACCCCUGUUACAUCCACUGCUGCUACCAAGGCUGCGCCAUCUGUGGCGGCUAGACCAGGGAAAUGGAGUGUGGAUAGCUGGAAAACCAAGAAGGCUUUGCAGCUGCCUGAGUACCCAAAUCAAGAAGAGUUGAAAUCGGUUCUUGAAAUUAUUGAGGCUUAUCCUCCAUUGGUCUUUGCUGGUGAAGCUAGGAAUUUGGAGGAGAAGCUUGCUGAGGCUGCGUUGGGGAAUGCUUUCUUGUUGCAAGGUGGGGAUUGUGCUGAGAGCUUCAAGGAGUUUAAUGCUAAUAAUACACGGGAUACUUUCAGAAUUCUUCUUCAGAUGAGUGUUGUUCUCAUGUUUGGUGGUCAAAUGCCUGUGAUUAAGGUUGGAAGAAUGGCGGGACAGUUUGCAAAACCAAGGUCAGACCCUUUUGAAGAGAAGGAUGGUGUAAAGCUGCCUAGUUAUAAGGGAGACAAUAUCAACGGUGAUGCUUUUGAUGAGAAAUCGAGACUUCCAGAUCCUCAGAGAUUGAUAAGGGCCUACUGCCAAUCUGCUGCAACUCUCAAUCUUCUAAGGGCCUUUGCUACUGGUGGUUAUGCUGCAAUGCAGAGGGUCACGGAGUGGAAUCUUGAUUUUGUGGAGCACAGUGAACAGGGAGAUAGGUAUCAAGAACUGGCUCACAGGGUUGAUGAAGCCUUAGGGUUCAUGGCUGCUGCCGGACUUACUAUUGACCACCCUAUCAUGUCAUCAACUGAAUUUUGGACAUCCCACGAAUGCUUACUAUUACCUUAUGAGCAAGCACUUACCAGGGAGGAUUCAACUUCUGGACUUUUCUAUGAUUGCUCUGCUCACAUGCUCUGGGUUGGAGAGCGCACAAGGCAACUGGAUGGUGCCCACGUAGAAUUUUUAAGAGGAGUUGCUAAUCCUCUUGGCAUUAAGGUGAGCCAGAAGAUGGAUCCAAAGGAGCUAGUUAACAUCAUUGAGAUUCUAAAUCCAAUGAACAAGCCGGGAAGAAUUACUGUAAUUGUUAGGAUGGGUGCAGAGAAUAUGAGGGUUAAACUUGCCCAUUUGAUCAGGGCUGUUCGUGGAGCCGGGCAGAUUGUCACUUGGGUCUGUGAUCCUAUGCAUGGGAACACAAUCAAGGCACCCUGCGGACUAAAAACUCGUGCUUUUGAUGCAAUAUUGGCUGAGGUUCGAGCAUUCUUUGACGUGCACGAGCAAGAAGGGAGCCACCCAGGGGGAGUUCACCUGGAAAUGACAGGGCAGAAUGUGACGGAGUGUAUUGGGGGGUCAAGGACGGUAACAUAUGAUGACCUGAGCUCUCGCUACCACACACAUUGUGACCCACGACUUAAUGCUUCUCAGUCUCUGGAACUCGCAUUCAUUAUAGCUGAAAGGUUAAGAAAAAGAAGGAUUGGAACUCAGCGUCUGCUCUCCUUGAGCAUGUAACUAGGAUAUCUGCUCAAACCUUGUCAUCUGGCAAACUAGUUCAGAUCAGCCUACUUUAAGCUUAAAGAAGGUAUAUCAGUAAGCAAACAAUGCACCGUUGGGUGGAUUUAGAAAGGUUUCAAUAUUGCUGAGAAUCAACCUUUGAUUUGGUUGCAACCCCACACAGGAUUUCUGAUUUGUUUGAGCUUCCUAUGAACAAAUCUUUGAUGGGGUCUAACCUGAAUUGAAGCUGCAAAGAGCAAAGAAUUCUGCAUUGCUUAUUUUGGAGAAGCUCAGGCUCUAGUAAUGGUAUCCAUUUGAAGCUGGCAUAUAUGAGAGGAUUUAAUCUGUACUACGAGUUUUAUGAGUUUGUUUGCUGUUUAAGUUGGAAGUUUGUUUUUGGCUUGCUUUUCAUGUUUUGAUGUAUCACUGCUUUUGCUCGUGAAAAAAUAAUAGAGUUGUUCAAGAGCAAGCAGUUUUUGUAAGUUGUUUUUACCUCAAACUACUUUGAGUGUUUUUCUCCAAAGUUACAUAAAUUUAUUUCUGUAAUCCUUUA